GCUCGCAGCAAGCGCUACAACCGCUCGCAAGUCGGAGGCACCAGCUCAUACCUGCCGCAGAAUGAAUUCCCCGUCUUCUCCCACAGCGGCGAUGUCGAGAUCCUGAUCCGCGCCGGGCCCGUCGAGAAUCGAUAUCUGCUGCACCGCCACACCCUCACCAGAUGCAGUGGCUUCUUCGAGGCCAGCACCUCGUCCGAAUGGUCGCGAGCCCAACCACUGCUGCCAAGCGGUCACGAGCUGUCGAGGAUCGGUGAGGACGGUAACACGGCCGCGGUGGAUGGAGAGGCCGAGCCGGGAGCCACGCCCACGAAGAAAUGGAGAUACGAGCUGGACUCGGGCUCGGGCGACAACGACAUCCCCAUGCUGGUGCAGCGAGACGAGCCUCGAGACGAUGGGCGCACGCUCGGAUCGUCCCUCUUCGGGCCCGGCCCCAAGACAUCGUCGUCGCGCUCGCAUCACAAGAGCAACAGCUACUCGUCAAAGCGCGACUACUCUCGCUCCGUCAUGAGCCUCGGCGCCCAGCCCCAGACUCUCUCACAGGCCGACGAGGAUUUGCUGCGCGACUACGACAACCUGUUUCGCACCUUUUACAACUACCCGCCAGUGCUGGACAGCAUCAACGUCGCCGACGCCUACGUGCAGUGCAAGAGCCUGCUGACGCUGGCUGACCAGUACGACGCCCUGCCCGUCAUCGGCCCCCGCGUGGACCAUCACCUGCUGCAGUUCCAGUCCCGCCUGUGGAAACAGAUCGCAAAGUACCCCAUCUCGUACCUCCGGCUCGGCUACCUGGCCCGCAGCAAGGUCAUCUUCCAGGAGGCCCUGAUCCACGUUGUCGGCCAGUGGCCCGCAGGCGAGCGCAGCCUACGCGCCACAAUGCCCGACAUUGUGCUGGACAUCAUCGAGGACAAGGUAGACGAGCUGGAGGAGACGGUCAGCCGCGUCGAGGGCCGCCUGUUCCGCCUCAACUUGACCACGUCCCGCGGCGAGCGUGUCAGCCCCAACAACGGCUACCUCGACUGGCUAGCCACGAGCCUCUUCCGCCAGUGGCUCGCCGACAACACAACGCCUCAGCCACCGCCCGAGUUUCGCCGCCCGGGAUCCCGAGACAACAGCCGCCCCGCCGCCGCUCCACUACCAACUCCUCCUCCGGCCCCGCCGCUCAACUCGGUCGGCCGGGCGUACCGCACGCUCGGCUCCGGCAAUCCGAACACGUUCCUCGGCCACGACGAGUGUAAGAAGUUCCUCAAGCUGACGCCCGAGUUCUACAGCCGCGAGAACCUGCGGCGCUUCGAGAAGCGCAUGGACGAGCUCAAAGCCAUGGCACGGUCCGUGGUCCGGCCUCUUAUGAACAGCGGCCUGGAGCUGGACUUGAGCGGCUCCAGCCGGGUUGCCGAUAGCAUCGGGUACUUGACGUGCACCGAAGUCGGCAACAGAGACCUGCCCUGGACGGUAGAUGAAUGA